GUUCAAGUUAACAAACCUGAAGUUUUAAUAAAAAUCCGGAGUGUUUGAAGCGAAUAUUUUUGAAAAAAAAAAAUUAAAAAAUAAACAAAUUUUUUCACACACAUUUUUAACAAUUAAAUAUUAAGCAUAAUUAAAAAAUGACUAAAAUAAAUUUCAAUUGUGGUUGUAAAACAAUUUUCCUUACAAUGGGAUUUUUAAUCAUAAUGAUUAGUGAAACAUUAACAUUUCCUCAAUCAACAAAAUUUUCUGAUAAGCAAGCAAUUUUAACAGAUGGUAAUGAUAAAAUAUUAAUAAAUACAGGAGCAUCAUUAAGUAAUCGUUUUGGUGGUGAUGAAAUUCCUGAAGUACCAAAUAGUAUUGGUUAUUAUCCAUAUACUCAAAAUAAAGUUCCAUAUUUAAUACAAAAUCCAUAUCCAUAUCCACAAUUACCAACAAUAUAUGGAGUGAAUACAGUGAGAAGACCAACAUUAAAACCAGGACUAAGUGGUUCUUAUUUGAAUGGAGGCUUCGGAUAUUGAAAGUGUAUAUUAAAAUAUUAUUAAAAGAAAGACUGGUUUUAAAAGAAAAAAAUAAAAAACUAAACAAAGGAGGAAAAUAAUUGUAUAGUACACUUUUAGAUUAUUAUUAAUUGCGCGUUUAUUCUUAUACAUACAUAUAUUUAAUAAAAUGUACAGUAUGUAUGACCAUAAUGUAUGUAUAUAUAUGAUGUAUGAAUAAAUAUGUGUACAAUACUUUAGGAAAUAAUUAUAAUAAAUUCAAUUGUUUCUUUUUAUAUAAGCAAUAAUAA